UAUUGUUCAAAUUAACCAACAAGAACAAAUUUCCAGUUGUAGGAGAGUCGGCGUGUGUAACUGUAAGCAACAGUUUUGUAUUUGGUACACAGAGGAAAGUUGACAAUAAGAAUGGCUGACCCAAGAAUUAAGCAGAUUAAAAUCAAAACAGGUGUUGUUAAAAGAUUGACAAAAGAAAAGGUUUCUUAUGAGGAGGAAGCUUUAAAAACUGAAGAAAAGGUAGAAAAGAUGAAAUCUGAGAAUAAAGAUGAAUAUGAAAUUAAGAAAAUGAUUGAAGUUCUACAAGAAUCAAAGAUGAUGGUACCGGACACCCUUAAGAGGCUUAAAGCUGGUUAUGCAGAUUUAGAAAACUUACUGGUUUGUAUGAUUUGUGUUACAGUGGUGUAUAUUUCACAGCAUUGUCCCUAUCACAAGCAUUAUUGUAAUUCACAGUGUAUACCAUUAGUCAAUUUUCACAAGAAAGUGCCACAUAUCGUGACAUACAAGAUAAUGUGUAAUCUAAGUUUAAUUGUCCCCUGCCACAAUGUUGAAGGGGACAUAGAAAUACCAGUGUCCAUCUGUCUGUCCCUCCCACUUGCCUUUGUGGACGAAACUCCUCAGAAACCGCUAGAUGGAUUUUGUUCAAAUUUUGUUGGAUUGUUAGUCACGAUAUUAUGUAGUUGGUCAUAUUGCGUCGUCAUUUUGAUUUGUAAAAUUGUACAGGAGUUAUAGGACUUUGUUGAAUUUGUGUAUGCAACUCUCUAAGACCGCUCAACGGAUUUUGUUCAAAUUUUGUAGGAUUGUUAGACACCAUAUGUAGUUGAUCAUAAUUGUGCCACCAUUUUAAUUUGACAAAAUUUUAGAGAAGUUAUGGGACUUUGUUGAAUUCAAGGUGUGAAACAUGUACUACGAAUGUGAAAAGAAGACAGAGUGAAUUAAAUACAUGUGGAAAAAAAUAAUUUAUUUUGAUUAUUGUAUGUGGAAUUUCUAUAUUAAUUUGAAAUUAAGUAAAACUUUUUAAUAGCAUAUAAAGUUCUUUAUGAGUCAAAAUUCAACAGACAUAAGACAACAGUUUUCCUUUGUGGUUUAUGGUUUGUACAUUUUAUCCUGUUUCAAAAUAAUUAUGAAGUUUAUGAUGAUGACAAAAAUAAUUUAGUGUUUCCCAGACGGUGCACAUAAAUAAUAUUACAAUACUAUUAGACUCUCAGUCCUUCUAAUUAAAAGCAGAUCCUCUGAUCUCACCCCAAUCUAAUUGAAAUUAGAUCCUUUGAUCUGCUCACUUACGAUCGAUCCAUGUCAAAUGAUGUAAUUUUUAUGAGAUGAACUCACUCUUUCCUGUAUUGAUGGAUUGGUGUAUUAUAAGUCUGCCAUGAAGUUGUACAUGCAAUUCAUCCUAUCUCAUUCAGUGAAAUCUCAGUCUCAUUCAGUGAAAUCUCGGGUCUCGUGGUCAUUUUAAUUUGUAAAUUAAGCUUUCUCCACUUUAUACAUAGCAAGAUAAGAUUUUAUACCUGUACAUGUUGUGUAUGCAGUAUUCUGUAUUUUCCAACCUCCUCUCUAUGAUGUAUGACUAUAUAUUUAUAAGAAUAAAGCAUUGCUUGAUAGAUUAUACAUGUACCUUUGUAUACAACAAGCGAGUCAUACUAUUUGAUUUGACUGUGAUUUAAGGCUUUUCCUCCACUUUAUACAUAUUAAUAUAGAAUUUUAUACCUGUACAUGUUGUGUAUGCAGCAUUCUUUAUUUUCCAACCUCCUCUCUGUAAUGUACGACUGUAUAUUUAUGACAGUAAACAUUGAUUGAUUGUGAGGUAUAUUGAUGUCAAUGGGGACAAGGGGACUAUAUUCAGUAGCUGCCAUUUUUUUUUUAGAAUCUUGAUCCAAUCUGACACCUUGUACGUUCAGUUUCAGAUCUAAUACUGUACCAA